AUGAUAUUUUUUAUUUUAAUCCUUUAAGUUUAAAGUUGCUUUAAGACGUAUGAAGAAAUUAAUUUAUAUCCAACUAAUGGAGAGUAUUUAGAAUAUCCUAUGAACAAUUUAUUUUAGGGAGAUAAUUAUAGUUAUUAUUAUGAACCUAAAAUACCAAAUAUUGAAAUAGUAAAUGCUUUCAAUGAAAUAUUAAAUAUAUAAGGAUAUGGUAUAUAUGAAUCAUAGUAUUAGAAUUUAUAUCAAUAUCAUUUAAUGAAACUCAUUUUGCAACAAUAACUAAAGAUAGUCAUGUAAUACUAUAUGAGUGGAAGAAUUUUAACAUUUAAUAAUAUGGCUAAGUAGCCAAAAUUGAUAAGAUUUAUCAAUGCUAUAAUAUCAUAUUUUUCGGUGGUAUUGAUAUCUUACUUGAUUGUUAUACAGAAUACAAUCUUUAUUUAUUAUAACUAAUGAAUACUAGUUUUAACAUAGUUUAUUCAAUCUAAACAAAUAAGCCAAUUUCAUCAAAAAUGCAGGGAAUUUUGAAUGAAUCAAAAACUUUGUUAAUAUAUGCCUAAUACUAUCAAAAUUUAUCGAUCAUAACUUUAUUUUCAUCUCAAUAUUAAAAUUUAACAUCCUACGAAGAUUAAUUUAUAUAAUUUGGUAUUCCUUAAAGAGAAAACCCAUCUAUAUAUCUACUCUACAGAUAAUCUAUAUCCUAAUUUAUAAUUAUUUAGAAUUACACAUUUGUAUAAACAAUAAAUUAUUCAUUUUAAAGAACAGUGAAUAAUUUUCAAGUUUAUUAUGACUACUAAGCUUAUUCUUAAUGUGAUUUAUUAUAAAUUGUAUACAAAUAGGAUUAACACAACUAUUUUGCAUAUUAAAUCUUAGGAUGUUAGGAUGUAUUUUAUUAAAAUUAUGAAGCUAACUAUUUUUCUAAAAAAUCAAUGCAAUUAUUUUAGUUUUUUUUUGAUAAUGAAUUUGUCAUAUUUUAAUCUUAAGACUAUCUAACAUUGUAUUAGCAAUAGUAUAAUGAAAUAUCUAUUGCCUCAAUUGCAAUUAAUGAAAACACUUAAAUAUAUUAUAAUCCUUAUAAUAACCAACUAUUUACGUUUAACAAAUUAAUUAUCGUUUAUGAAUUGAUAAUGCCCUCAUUAUAAAUUAAUUUAACAGAAUAAUAUGAUUAAGGAAAGACUUAUGAUAUUACAAUUUAUGCUUAAUUUUUGAAUCUUACUUUCAAUGGUAUUUGUAAAAUGUUUAUGUCUAUAACGAUUUUAGAUUAAAAUGAUACAAAUAUUUAUGUAAUAUACAAUUAAAAUUUUCCUCAGUAUAGAUAUAUUAAUGGGGCUGAAUAAAGUGAAUCAGUCUUUUCAGGCUAUUCAGGCAAGUUGUUAUCAUAUAUUGUGAAUUCAGAUAAUAAAUAAUUUGGAUUUUUCAUGGAAACAACGUUAUAAACCUUUUUCGAAUUAUAAAAUCAAUUAUUUUACAUGGCCUAAUUAUUAAACCCAACUUAAGGUGUUGGAAUAUAAAAGAUUUAUUUUAUCGGAGUUACGAACUAAUCGGUAUAAGUUUUUUAUUCAAAUUUCCUUUUGAAUUCAUUCUAUCCUUUUUUUAAUAUUAAUAUUACUAUUGAGGCUCAAAGCUUAUAAGUAGCCUAUGACAUAGAUUAAACGAUAAUAAUAGGACUUAGUGAUAACGAUACAAUCUACCUUUAUAAAAUAUACGAUUCUGCCAAACUACCCUAUUUCUCCUCCUCUGAGUAUAAAUUUGAAUAAUAAUUUUCAUAAUUUUUAGUAACGUUUAAUAACUUGAUUACUUUGUUUAUUAAUAAAGAAAUUUCAAUCAUGACUUUGAAUUUUACUGAUCUAGUAAUUAUUAAUUAAACGAUUAUUAAUAACUUAUAUAAUACCAAUAGUUUGAUAAAAUUUAAUCCAAUAUAAAUAGCUGUGAAUCCUUAAUCAUUAUCUUCAUGUUUGUUUAUCAAUAAUAUUAACAAUGUCAUUAUUAUUGCUAUUGGUAAAAAUAAUAUUCCAAUACCAAUUUCAAUUAUAGAGUGUAAAUUCUAAAUUAAAUAUAUAAACAUUGUCGACCAAUAAUUAGUAUUAUCCUAUAUUUGCAAUUAAGGGUUUGAACUAUGUUUCCAAGUAUGGAAUAUCCAAAAGUUUAGAGACCCAUUUUUUAUGAAAAAUAUGAUGAGUGUUAAGGAUAAGAAUUUAGUAUAAAUACUAUCUGAUAACUUGUUUUUUUAUGUCCAAUUUUCGAAUUACAGUGUUUUCGUUUAUAAUCCUUAAUUACCCGAGCAUAUGAGUUUAUAUUAUUAACUCAAUUUAUCGUCAUAAUUGACAUGUGCAACUAAAGGAAUCUUAUAUUAUUCAAAUACAAUCAAUUAAUUAUCAACUAGACAAAGUUUUAAACUUUAUGUUAAUUAAUCUCUAAACUUUGAACACUCUUACCCAAUUAUGAUCUAUAAUUUUAAUAUUACUACUUAAUUCAAUUAAACAGCUAUUUAAUUUACGCCUAAUUAAAGCUUAAUUUACUUAUCAAAUUUUACCUAUUUCUAACCAAAAACUAAUAAAACUAUACUUUUGUCUAUUCAAGACUUAAAUUUAAUUGAUCGAACUUUCACAAUCCCUAUGAAUAUAAUCCUUGAUAGACAGGCUAAUCGUUGCUAUUUUUCUGAUAGUUCUGAUAAUUCAUAUGUAGAAGAUGUUGAUUAAUUUGAUGAAGAAUAAUAUUCAAAUAAUUUGUGCAACCUAACAAAUUUCGGUUAUUUCACUACUAUCCCCAAUUAAAAUUACACCUUAAUUACUGCAGUAAAUAACUAAUUUUUCGUUCUGUAAAACAAUAACGAAAUCAAAAUUGUUAAUUUGAAACUUGAAAUUCUUUAAUCUUACGAUUAUUCUAAUUUAAAUUUUACGGAGUGCUUAAAAUCAACAUCCUUUAAUUUAACAAUAUCUUCUAUUUGUCAAAAUGAAACUGCAUAAUAUUGGCUUAGCAUUUCCCUUGACUCUUUUGGAAAUGUUUUAGAUGUUAACUCAUUUUUGAUUCCCCAUAAAUUUAUUGAGAUAUCUAAAAUAAAUAAUAUAGCAUAAUUUAACUUUAUUUUAGGCUCUUAUAAUUCCAAAUAUCAAUAUGUAUACUUCUUUACUUCUUUAAACAACAGCAUGCAGAAACUAGGUUUUAAUGGCGAUUGUUAAGAUUUUUCAGUAGCUCAAUUAAAUUCAAGUUUAGAGUUAAAUUAAUCAAAUUUAAUUGUUAUUUUGUACAUCAUUAAUAAUGUGCCCUAUUCUCAAUAUUUAUAAUUUAGUGAAAAUUCAAUAACAUUGAAAAAAAAUGAUUUUCACAGAUUUAUUAUUAGCCCUAAACCCGUUCUAUAUGUUUAAAUUUUGAUAUUGCAAAUAAUUAACAAUUAAAUAUUCAUCUUUAUCUCCAGUACUGAUGGCUUUGGAUAAUUUUUAAUAUUAUAAUUGUUUUAGCCCUUUUUUGAUGGAAUUAGAAAAGUUAUCGCCACUACCCCAAGUUCUAAUGGUUUGGCGUUAAUUCCAAAUUCUAUAUAUUCCAAUGGCUUGCUACUUCAACAAUUUAAAUAAGGAAGUACCUAUAUUAUAGGAGUUUACUAAACUACCAAAUUACUCAAUAACAAUUUUGAAGAGCCUAUUUUGAUGUUAGGAUAGCUAAAUACUACAUCUCUCGGAUUUGCUUUAAUUACAAAUCAAGAGGGUGAAAACGCUACAUGCCUUGCAUUGAAUAAUGGGUCAGUUUUAUAUUAUCCAAUAUAUACAAGAAUGUUAAAAUGCCAUUAUAAGGAAAAAAGAAAUACAUUCCAAGUGAUGACUUCAUGCAAGAAUGAUUUUUCAUCUGGAUCUUAUAAGAUAACUUUUAUACUUCCUGACUUAGAUACUCCUUCAAGAAGAUGGAUUUAUUCGUUAAUUGCUAUUAUAAUAUUCUAAAUAAUAGGCUUUUAUAUUUUAGUAAAAUAUAGGAUGAGAAAUAUUGGUUAUAUAAAUACGGAAAUAGAAUUAUGA